GCCCACUUUUUGCUCAGCGACGACCUAUGAGUGAACCUCUGAAACGGGCCAGUCGGCUCCGUUUUCAUGACCCGCUGGACAUGAAGCCAGGGGUGUUUGCCCGCGUUGCACUGAACAGCUCAGGCAGGGUGGGGAUGUCCUCCAACUGCAUCACAUGUGUUAUUGGCUCCAAAGAGAGCCCAGAGGCUGAAAGAAAGGGUCAGGUUAUGGGAGGGCAGGGAUGCAAAUCCAAAAUGGCAGAUGGUGAGAAACAGGAGAGAAGUAACCAUACCUCCUCCACCAAGAGGCAAGUUCAGCCAGAGUCUGUAGACACGCCCCAGCCCCUCGCUGCCCAGACAGAGUCACAGCAGUCUCCUCACCUUCCCAAGUCAGGUGUGGAGGCUCAGUUUCAGUACUCGCCCCAGGCUCUCCACCCACCUAUCCCCUUACCCAGAUCCAAAGCCAGGCAAACUCUGUGUGCCCAGUACAUUCGACCUCAGCCUGACGCAUCACAGAGGAACACCCGAUCCUGCAGCGUUCCCCGAAGACGCUCCUACAACACUGUAACGCCAGCGCCAAGCCUCACAGCAGACUGCAGGAUCAACCUCCGUUGGCAGCAGGCAACACCCCCCGACUAUGGUGCUGUUUGUGACUCAACACUCAUCCCGGUCCUGCCCCAUAGUGCAAGUGACGGUAGCAGCUGUGACAGCUUCGGCAGUCUGAGCAGCUUGGAGUCGCCUCCUCUGCUGCCUCCCUGUUCUGUCCUUGAUAGCCGCAAGAGAGCUGUAGGCACCCUGCAGCGCGAGAUGAACGCCCUGUUUGCCCAGAAAAUGGAAGAGUUGCGCCAUAAGUCCCCCAUGUUCUUCGCUGAUGAGAGAAGUGUGCAGAAUUGAGGGGAUGACCAGAGCCAGGUAAACCGUUGAAUGCAUGAAUACCACCUGUGCACCUUCACCUUCACUUUACCCAUCAGUCUCUCUGUCACACCAGCCUCCUUCUCUCACACCUAUGAAGUUGGCAGGGGUUUGAAUCCAUAUUCUUCCCCAAUUUUACAUAUUGAUGAACCUGCACUAACUCUAAAUGACAUUAGUGGAAGUAAUGAGAGCCCCAUGUGAGCUUUGUCUGUUCACAUCACUGGAAAGGGGUACAGGUCCAGACAGGGACACUCACUGUGGGCAAGUGGAAAACCUAAUUCAUGAAACCUUUCACUCUGUUAUAGCCUGUUUUGAGUCUUAAAUGGAAAUGAUAAUAAAGGGAAAGGGAAGUUAAUUAGAACCUAAGUAUUAUUUUCAUAGUUUUCAGCAUAACUUUAAUCAAUGAUAAUACCCUUGUACUCUCUUUAUUUUAUUUUUGUUGGGCCUUUUAUUGCCUUUAAUUGACAGUGACAGCUGGAGA